AUGAGUGAGACGCAGGUGUACAAGAUCCUGGCCAGCAAACAACGCCUCUGGGUUAUACUGGAGAGGUGCCUUAUCUUCGCCCACUCAUUGGCCCCUCCUGCACCUUCGUUUCGCAUCGCCUCCAUCCUAGGUCAAGGUAAAUUCCCUGGCCUGGCCUGGUCCGCAGGGAUUGAGCGACGCCACAAAAGCCAAGAACGUGAUCUGGACGAUGUCGGGUCCUGGCUUUGCUGUGACUCCUGCGCGGCUCGACGGUCCCCGUCGAGACUCAGCACAGAUUUGUCGAUCCUUGCAGGUCAUGCAGCCGCCCGCAGCCACCAACCUGAUGUUUGUGCUCUUCCCCAUUGUCACAAAGUCCUCAAGAGACCACGAGCGUCCCGGUCGCAAGACCUCGCCUUCUUGUACAUUGAUAACCCAGACGAGAGUUACGACGCACACAGGCCCAGUUCCCCUUCAGCUCGCGAGCUUGUGCCGCUCAAUCUCCCCGAUCUCACAUGCCUUUACAGCAUGACAGCGAACGCAAAGCCGACGAACAGUCGGGUCGGCACACUGGCAAAGACAGCCUGUGUUGCAUGUCGACGUCUCAAGAUGAAAUGCGUGGGCGCCGACAAUCCCCCCUGUGCCAGGUGUGCUAAAGUUGGACGAAAAUGUGUUGUACCACCAACCAUUCCCCAUACACAAACCAUGAGAUCGUACAGCUCUGCCGACAACAUGGCUGGUUUGGCGAACGCUGAGAAUCCCAGGCCGGUGGCAUAUCCUCUCACACCGAUUGUCGAUACACGCCAUGAUCCCGACCCUGCAAUGCAAUGGAGCCAGGGUCACAACUAUUCCAGGAUGAUGGCACCCAACCUGUCGACAACACAGCCUGGCGUCGUCAUGGAGCUGCCUUUGAUGCCUCUUCAGACCAAGCAGCAUUGGGUCGACCCGCAGCGUCCCGGCAUGCCAUCCUUGCCCCAGAGCUACAGCUACAGCUCGCUGGCAUCUUUAGACGUGGGCAAUGUCCAGUAUGUCGAACCACAACUCUCUUCCAGUGAUGUCAACAUCUCCAGUGUCAGCGUGCCGGCAACACCUCUCCAACGAAACCGUACAGUCUCGGGCUCUCCACUCACACAGAAGUUACCAAGCAAUGAGGAACUGUCCCAUCUUUGUAAAUUUUUCGUCAUGAAUCUGCUAGUACACAUUCCGAUCUUGACCGAGGCGGAUGUCGGGGAUUUUGACGACAUGAUCAAGCACAACAAGAGGCAAUUGGCCUACAGCAUGGCCUAUAUCGCCGCUCGCUUUGUGCCUGGAUGUCAGUCGAUUCGGGCCAUGCUGGUCCCGGAGCUCCUAUCCAUGCUGAGAGUUCGAUUCGACCCAUCGGCCCGUGAUGAUGCCGAGUGUUGGAUGUUGCUUCAAGCAUUUGCUGUUCUGUGCACCUGGGCAACGCCGCACAACAUUCACGUCCAUACAGGCGGCGAGGAUUGGGAGCUUGAGCUCAGGCAAGACGUCUUGAGAUCGUCGCUCGAAAUGAUGGCGACGCGGUGCUCAGUCCACAGGUCUGGCGAGGAGGUUAUACAUCUCCUCAAACGGGAAAGAAGAAGUGAUAUUUCUCAAUUGCUCGUGUUUCGAAAGUACUGCUAUUGGCUGUGGAUGUUUAGCACAGCCCAGUUUCAGUCGCUACUGCUGCGGACGCCGCCGACAAUACGUGACGACGCUACUAUUAGAUGGGCGAACCAACAUCUUGAACAAUACGCGAACGAUGAAUGUACGCGCCGCAUCCUCGCCGAUGUCAGUUUGGGUCUACUUUGGAACACAAGCGGUCUCAGUGACCGGUCAUUGGGGGAAUGGUGGUGCUCAAUACCCAUCGAAACAGAUGUAAAUUCUGCACUAGCCGUACUGACCAGCCUGGAUGACGGCCUCAACCAGUGGCGCCGACGAUGGAUCCGGCAGAAUCAACAUCACCAUCAACACCAACACAGCAGUGACUUUGCGUCGGACCCAGCCCGGAGCAGUUGUAUUGAUCUCUACCAACGCUUCACCCGGUUCUGCAUAAGCACGCACGCCAACAAACUGUUUCAGUCCUCGGCCACGGCAGAGAGCCUCCCGCUGUCGGUCGUGAGCCUUGUCACUCAGUCCGUAGAGAGGGCCUCAACCCUCUGUCACCUCUUCCUGGAGCUAACGCCCCUGGUCAAAUCGUCUAUCCGCUUCGCGCCGGAGUCCACCUUUGCUAUUGUAGCCUUUGCCUGUGAGUGGGUCAUUCGAGCAAAGGGCUUUUUCCCCGGUAUGGAGUGCGUCAGGCCACAGGAUCUAAACGUCGUCCGCGGGGUUGCGGAGCUUAUGAUUGACCUAGGCGUCGACAACAAACACAGUGCUAGGAUCGUCGGCGAGAGUGUUCUGGCGAAAUUACAUGCCGCCAUGAAGCCCGAAUCGCGCUCGUCUCCGUGGAACACAACGCAUCCCGACCCGCCGUGGGCUACUCCCAAUUCCAACGUUGGCGGGCGGACUCUGAUCGAGUCGGUCACGGCAAUGGAUGGGAUUUGGCCCCUCCGAAGCGCGUCCAUUCAGCGGCCACAGCCAAACGGAACCAACCUGGGCCUGGCUAUAUCCUCGGGCGACGGCCACGACGUGUUUACCAGCUACGCUCCAGGUACGGAGUACUUUCAAUACGAUCCUUCAUGGUCUAUAUGA